AUGAUCGCCAAUGCUCUACAGUCCGACAAGCUAUCACGCAGCAAGUUCCGGUCACUCCUCGGCUCCCUGCGCCAUGUGGCAACGUGCAUCAGACCUGCACGGUCAUUUCUCCAACGUCUACGUGAAGGUGAGCAGAGGUUGCAUCGCUACGCGAACGUAAGGAUCUCACCACCAAUGCGCGACGAUCUCCUUUGGUGGCGGUACAUUCUCCACAACCCGCUCCUGAAUGGGGUGCCACUUUGCUACUUUUACGCUCUCCCCGAACCCGACUUUACAGUGUUUACGGACUCGUCUGACGAAGGGAUCUGCGCACUUGUCCCAGCACUCCGUCUUGCCCUUACCUACCGUUUCUCAGCGGCGGAGAUCCAACUCAUUCGAGAUCUUAAACGCGGAGCCGACAACGGGUUUGACAUCAACUACCGGGAGCUAUUAGCCUGCGCGUUUGCGGUCCAAGCGUGGGGAGAGGUCUGGCAAGCAGCUUGUUCCCGAGGACGCCCCACACACAUCCACAUCCGCGUUGAUAACAUCUCGGCGAUAUCAUGA